UCACCCAACGGAGGCUUACCUGUGAAAUGUUUUUCGUUGAUAGCGCUUAUCAUUCGUUUUCUCUGCGUAUAAAAGGCUGAUCGGGAUUCUCUGCCAGAAGCAUAAGUCAUUCAACCAUCGAAAUGAGUGCUACAUUUCCCAGUUUUGCGGACAUCUCCGCCAAGUUCUCCGAGAGCACUCUCGAUGAGAUUAUCAAGAAUGCGGGCGGCACGCGUCAUACCUCGUACAAGUUUGGGCCCAGCGGUAAGAAGGGCGACGCCUACCUGAGCCGCGUCUUCAGGAUCACCAUUUACGGCGUGAAGGAGGGAGCCGCGGACCAGGAGACCGAAAACCUGGAAGUUAGUGUCAUCGUCAAAUCUAUGCCAGACAAUCUCCACCGGCGACGACUAUUCCGCUCUGUGAUUUUCUUCCGCAACGAGAUCCACUUUUACUCGAAGGUCAUCCCUGCUAUCGAGGCGUUCCAAAAGUCUCGAAAGCCUGCUCCGCAGAAUCCCUUUGUGGAGUACCCGAAGUGCCUGGCAUAUUUGUGCGACGGGGUCAACGAUUUCAUCGCCCUGGAGGAUGUGGGUCCCAGGGGCUACAAGGCGCCAGUUCGGCAAGACUACAUUUCCCUCGAUGAUGCUCUGCUGACGAUGCGCACUCUGGGUCGUUUCCAUGGCGUCGCCCUGGCCUUCAAUUCCCUGGAUCCGGAGAACUUCAAGAAAGCUGCUGCAUCUCUGGAGGAAACCUACUACGGCGAGCACACCAGGGAGUGGUAUACGGGCUUCUUGCUACUAGCAGAGAACGUGGCCAAGGACGCCAUCAAGCAGAUCUACCCGGACAGCAAGUAUGAGACAGUAGCCGGAAACUUCCUCCAGCCAAAGCUCUUCGACGAUCUAGUGAGUCUCGUCUCCACUCGCUCCAAGCUAAGUGUCUUCGGCCACGGCGAUUGCUGGACGCCCAAUUUCCUGACCAAGUAUGGGGAGCAGGGGCAGUCGCAGGAGAACAUCAUCAUCGAUUUUCAGUUGGCGAGGUGCUCGUCCCUUGCUCUUGACCUGAGCUUCUUUGUUUACUCGUGCACUAGCCAGGAGCUGCGAGAGCAGCACUACGACGAGCUACUCCGUGCUUAUUUGGAGAGCGCCCAGGCUCUGAUCCGGGAUCUGGGCGGCGAUGCGGAGGCUGUCAUUUCGUGGGAGUCGCUGCAGGAGGAGCUAAAGAACUUUGGACGCUUUGGCUGCGGCAUGGGCAUCGAGUCGCUUCCGAUGACUAUGAUGGAAGAUGACGACGUAGCAGAUCUGGACGGCAUUCAGGAGAACGCUAUCCUGACCGACGUCUGGAACAUUACUCCCUUCAAGGAGCGAGCCAAGCAACAGCGCCUGGCCGACAUCUUCAAGCACGCCAUCGAUCAGGGCUAUAUAAAGUGAUCCUCCGGUUCUCUUCCAGCUUCAAACCGCAGUCAUAUCGAAUCCAUAACGUCUGUAGUGAAAGAAAAGGCUCUUGAAAGCAAUUUAAUUGAUUAUUUAAUAAAUUAAGUUUUUACCAA